ACUAGGAAUCACUCAAUGAGUUGAGGUCGAGAAGAAAAGAUCAUAAUUAUUUCGCCUUUUCGGAUUAACUUAAUUUAUUAUACCUACAUCAGAAAACUUAUUAUUUCUUGUUGAGGAAACAUGGACAAUGGGGAGAAACAAGAUUUAGGUGCCAAUGGACCCUUAUCCCUACAAAAGUUGCCCUUACAUCAACAACCCCUCCUUAAAAAGAAGAAUUCAAAUCAGAAAUUCAUCGUGAUCCGAGGUUCAAAAUGCACCCUUCGAUUGGGAAGUUUUAUCAUCUGCGGCCUCUUCCUCCUCCUCCUGGCAAUUUUAGUCAUCGGUGCCAUCGAAGCCAUAAUAAUCACGAAUUUUAUAAUACCACGGCUACGGUUUGACGUCCGAGGAACAAUGAAGGGCAGCAUGAACGGAACCAUGUCGUAUCUACCCACAGCACUGAAUCCAGACUUGGAUGUGAAUUUAGAAUUCGUUUUUUAACUAUAUUAACUUUUGUCCUCGAUUCUGAGGUAAAUUUUAUAAUUUUAUUUUACUCAGCAAUCUACUAAUUACUUAUAAUAAUUUUGAAACGUAUACAUCAUUAAAGCAAAGAUAAAUAUUACACAUUAUGAUCGUAUUAUGUAACCCACGGGCGAUUUUUCUACCUUACUAUGUAGGUUAAGGUUUGUAUGUGUUUAGAUGCAGUAUUUACGUAAUUUUAGUCUGAUACAUAAACAUAUUACCUUUGCUUUUGCUGAUAAGCCAGCGCAAAUAUUGCCAUAACACAAUUCUAUGUUAGAAUUGAAAAUUUCUCGUGGAAACUUUGAUCAAAGUAUUCUCCAAGUUUUCAUGAAAGUAUAUAAGUAACAGUGAAAUAUCCGCAACUUCAUUAUAAAUUUUAGCUUCACGUGACCAUGUUAUAUGCUUUUAAAUAAAAAAAGCGGUAAGCUUAAAUAAAUACGCACAUUCUGUCGGCUUUCCUCA